AGACAUGCGGAUUCAUUGUACGCGGACAUUGUUCAAGCAGAGUGGAGAUGCCACCAGUUUCAAAACGGCCUAUAAGACCUGUUCAGGUUCUCUGCUUCGACUUCAUCGAGUUACCGUCCUGUCUUCCUCCACUCAAUUUACCCACCCAGAAUGCAAUUCUCUCGCAUGGACAUCAUGGACGAGCAGAGGUUUGAUCCCACAAAAAAGCUGCAGGUGGCCUCCGCUACAGCGAAACCGAAAGCCGAAAAUGUUCUCGAUGAGGAAGUGGACCUCUCUCUACGAAAGACAAGAAGCACGGCCGACAUUUUGGAUUCCCAAAGAUUCGACCCCGCCAAAAAGACGUCGCAGCAGCAAGAUGAUUCGAGAAGCUCUCUACCUGACAGCUCAGACGACCUCUCUCUCAGUGACGAGUUUAUCGUCAUCGACCAUCUAGAAGCGCAGCUACCCGCCACUCCAGUCGAUGCCACUGUCGUUCGGAAAUGCAUAAGUCGUGUUUUGUCGUUCGACAAGGCCUUGCCACUCCGUCCUUCCACGAGUUCAAGUGCCUCCGGCGGCACCUCUUCUGAGUCCUCCUCAAGGCCUUCUUCCUUAGCGUCUACUCCUGAGUCUACGCCCUCGUCUUCUCUCCAGAUCACUGAAAAUCCUACCGAAUCGGAAUCCGACGAUAUUCAUCCCGAUAGCUACAUUUCCACGAGAAUGAUCAUCCAACGGACGCCGUCAAAACUCUCUUUCGACGCAUUGAGCUGUUGCUCUGGGAGCGCAUUUGAAGACGAGGUAGACGUGGAAGUGAGACGCAGCAAAGAAGACAAAGCCAUCUCUGUCUGGGUCGAGCAGGAAUCUUCUUCUAUUCAAGAGGACUUCUGUAGCCUGUACAACGUGCAAUGUAGGAACAUUAUCCAGGUUGAGUCCCGAGUUGGGAGGGGUUAAUUCGGAGCCCCAACACCCGGUCUGUUUUUGGACGACUCUUUUCCCUGUUCUCUCAUAUUCUAUCAUUCACUAGUCUUCCCUUCUC